AACCAUGGCCAUGGAACUCACAACCAACGCAACAAUACCAUCACCAACAGAAACCAACACAUCUCCAGCCAACAUAUCAUCAUCAGAACCAGAAGAAGUAUGUGAAGAAGAAGCUAACAUAAUUAUUCCAAGAGAUCGAGAUGAGUGGAUGAAAAAGAUGCGUGGGUGGCUCAUGGUCCUCGCUGUCCUCGCCGCCUCUGUGACCUACCAAGCUGGCCUUAACCCACCCGGUGGCUUCUGGCAAGAUGACUUGCAAUCCUCCAACUUCACAAAAGGUCACAAGGCCGGAAACCCUGUUCUUGCCACCAAUAGCCCCAUUCGCUAUGGCAUCUUCUUCUCAUUUAAUGCCUCAACAUUUGUGAUGUCUCUUAUAAUUAUAGUGCUUCUUCUCAAACCAUCAUUCUUCCAUGAAGAGGGAGUUGUCAUGAUUUUAAAAGCUCAGGAGCUCCUUUUUUCAUCAUUAUUUUUCUAUCAAUCUUGCACAUGAUGUGGGAGUUGUGGAAGAGUGAGAGAAAGAGGUUGAGGAGGAGAAGUAGUGUAGUCAAUAGACACAAUACCGCUUGAUCUUGCCAUUGAUAUAUAACUGUACUCAGGUUCUUAUGAACUUGACUUUAAUUAGAAGUACUAAUAAAAUGGCUUUGAGCUUUUCUUCUUUCAGUUGAUUUGGUACUUGCAUUUAGGUAGUUGUUUCCUGCGAGUAAACUCUAAUAUUUGUCAACUUAUAUGUGCUGCAUUUGCA